AUGGCUCCCGCAACACCUCGCCUGAGGAUCUUGUCCGUCGGCGGCAAUGCCGUGUCGGCCUUCCUCUCCUGGCGCCUCCAAGCCACGAAUACCUGCGAUGUCACAUUGGUGUGGAAAUCAGGUUUCGAGCAUGUGGCACAGUAUGGCAUUUCGAUGAAGUCAAAAUUAUACGGCAAUGAGCGUUUCAAGCCGCGUGCAGUCGUACGUUCCCCCGAAGAGGCAGCAAGCCACUCGAAAGCACCCUUCGACUACGUCUUCCUUUGCGUCAAGGCCCUGCCCGAUGUGUACGACAUCGCCUCGGUCAUUGAGUCUGUCGUUUCGCCCCAGCACACAUGCAUCCUGAUCAACACAACACACUCGCUGGGCGUCGAGUCGUUCCUCGAGCAGCGCUUCCCGACAAAUGUUGUGCUUUCGCUUGUUUCGGGCGCGGAGCUGCAGCAGCUGGGUGCGAGCGAGUUCGAGCACACGGGAUCCACAGAAAUCUGGGUCGGCCCGGCGAGCGAAAAUCCGUCGAUACCACCUUCGAUCCAAUCCGACAUGGCGGAUGCGUUGGCUAUGACUCUGGGCUCUGGCCAGGUGGACUGCAAGGUUUCGCCGAACAUCCGGCAGCAGCAGUACGAGCGGAUGAUCGGAAACAUUGCGUUCCACCCGCCGAGCGUGCUUUUUGAGACUGCCAACCAUGCGGAACUUAUUGAGAAAGUUGGCGUCCGCUCGGUCAUCUCAGGGGUCAUUGACGAGCUCCUACAAAUCGCGGCCGCGCAGGGUUGUCAAUUCGGCUCCGACUUUAAGGACAAGACUAUCGAAGCGAUGACCCGUCCUCAGGAGGCGAACAGUACGAUGUACCAGGACUUUGCCGCAAAGCGGCCGAUGGAGGUGGAAACGUAUUUAGGUUCCCCGAUGAAGCUUGCACAGGAGGUCAACGUCCCGGUCCCUCGGAUUGAGACACUGUACGCCAUGCUUCACCACACCAACAUCAUCAACCAGCAGCGGCCUGCAGCCCCCGUCUCUCCGCAACAAACCGGUGGUCACCCACCAAGGAUGUCUUCUACUACAAUGUCCAGGGGGCCCCCUCCUAAUGGCAUGAACGGCAUGAACGGUCAUCCCAUGAAGGGCAGCCGUCCCGGAAGCCGAGCGCCUUCCAUGACCGGCGGCAUUCCUGCGCCAGGAAUGAGGAGGGGCCCGCCGCCUCCGAAUGGCUUCCCGCCGCGGGGACCUCCUCCCAUGGGCAACGGAUACGGCGGUCCUCCCGGGCCCCCGAUGCAGCGACGCCCAUCUUUGGAAGGCAACGACCUGGAGGAGUUCAGCCACUUGAUGCUUUAUGAUACCGUCCCCGAAGACGGUGACAUGCCCGUGAAUGGCAUGUCGAAUGGUGGCCCAUACCCUGGAGCUGACAUGUCCAAUGGGGAUCUUGCUUUGAGAGAAAGAGAACUCGCCCUGCGUCAGAAGGAGCUUGCUUUGAGGGAAAGAGAAUACCACAUGCGUGCGGGUCCCCCGGGACCAAGGCGGCCAAUGCCUCCGGCUUCGCACGCCGGGGAUUUCGACGAGGAUGAUGAUGGAGAUUUCUUCGAUCCUAUGGCGGCCCGCGCUCCCCCCGCCAUCGACCCUGACAACUUUGACAUGUUGAGCGUCACUUCGCGCCGCACCCGCAAGGCCCCCAGCGCUCAGCAGCUGCGCAAGAACCCGGAAAUGGGCGGUCCGCCGGGUCCGCCGGUCUCGAACGGCCGCGGUCCUUCUCGGUUUGGUCAACGCCCAGGUAUGAACAAGAGGACAAGCGCGAGGCUGAUGUCGGACGUCCCUGGCCUCCACGAUUCGAUCAUGAACAACGCUCUGAUCGGAUACUCGUCAGACCGCUACGGAAACGUCGACCGCGCAAACAUGGGACAGCAAUCUCGCACGAACUCUCUGACGGCUGCUCGUCUGGAUGAAAUGGCUGCACCUGGAUAUGGAGCUUACCCUCAGGGACGCAGGGCAAGCCAGUCACCUGGUAAUCCCCUGAGCCCUGGCCGUGGACGGCCGUCGCCUCCCGGUGGUUAUCCUCCCUACGCUAACGGACAACCCAACGGCAGGCCAUCCCCGCCAGGCAUGAGACAACCGGUCCCGCGGCACCCGCCCGGCCACGGCAAUGCAGUGGCACCGCAGCAGGUUGAACAACAUGUAGGGGUGAGCAACCCUCAGUCCAAGAGAGGCCCUCAAGUGCGCAGUCUGACUGGAAGUGCGAGCGCUAGCGCGGAGAGUGGUGACAGCGGCGCCAGCGCUCUUGUAGAUUCUGAACCUUCUGCGGCCAGCAGCCAGAGCAGCCUGGGCCCGCGGCCCCAGAUUGGCGUGCGCUGA